UAUUGAAGUCUUUUCCGAAACUUGACCGGAGUCUACGGCUCAAAGCUCCAUAGAUGAAGAUGAUCGAAGAUGAAGCUUGUGCUACUAGCCAAGUCAAUUCUUCUUCUUACACUCACCCUAUGUGGCACUUUGCUGUUCACGCUGGUUUUCCGGCCGUACGUAUCAUUUAGAAGACCAGAUUCCAUGGCUCGAAGCUUCAUUUUGUGGCUUCACGGCCGUGGCGACUCCGGACCCGCGAACGAACCCAUUAAGAACUUAUUCACUUCACCCGAGUUCAGAAACACAGACUGGUCCUUCCCUUCUGCUCCUGUGAACCCAGUCACCUGCAAUUGUGGUGCUAUGAUGCCUUCAUGGUUUGACAUUCACGAGAUUCCGAUUAAGGCUGAUUCACCAAAAGAUGAAAGCAGCUUGGUUAAAGCUGUACAGAAUGUACAUAAGAUGAUUGACAAAGAGAUAGAUGCUGGCACUAAUCCUAAUAAUAUAUUUGUGUGUGGAUUUAGUCAAGGAGGCGCUUUGACACUGGCAAGUGUUCUUCUUUACCCUAAAACUCUGGCGGGAGGUGCAGUAUUCAGCGGAUGGGUCCCCUUUAAUUCAUCAUUGAUUGAUCAAAUCUCACCAGACGCCAAGAGGACACCUAUUUUGUGGUUACAUGGAAUGGAUGACGGAAGGGUAUUGUUUGAAGCAGGACAAGCUGGCCCCCCUCUCCUUGAAAUAGCUGGUAUAAGCUGCGAGUUUAAGGCUUAUCCUGGUCUUACUCAUUCCAUAAGCAUUGAAGAGCUUAAGUAUCUGGAGUCAUGGAUCAAAACUCGUCUGCAAAGUUCUUCUUAGAUAUUUAAUGGCAAUAUCACCUAAUCAAUAAGUCAUUAUUGCAGAGCAUCAUUUUUAAUAAGAAAAAACAAAGUUUCCGACAUUUUUUUUGAGGCUGGUAUUCUGUUGCUUGCUUAUACGAACAAGUUUUAAUUUUAAAGAACCAUAUUUAUAUGUUUUUAUCUUAAUGCAAUAAAAGACAACUUUCACCCA